AGAGCGACUGGCUGCGUUCUAGCGCCGGAGGAGAGGUAGCCAGCGUGUUUUGGAAUAAUAUUCCCCAGAGUGACAAUGGCUUCUGUUGGAUGGUAGAUAGAGCCAAUCAUGUUUAAGUGAAAGACAAUUUGGCUAAUCAAUGAAAGUCAUUGAACCCAAUCUAUCGGAGCUAUGUAUUGAAGAUGGCUGCCGUGGGGAGAGCAUCCACUGUGGCAGCCCCGCCUGGAAAUUACCCUUCUGUAGAGCAUCAAAGAGCCGAAGAAGAUGACGGGCAGAAUCUAUGGUCCUCUAUACUGAGUGAAGUGACAACACGCUCUGGAUCGAAACUACCUACUGGCAAAAAUGUCCUUGUUUUGGGUGAGACGGGGGCUGGUAAAACGACAUUGAUGGCCAAGCUCCAAGGUGUGGAGGAUUACAUGAAAGGCAAAGGAUUAGAAUAUAUGUAUUUCAAUGUUCUUGAUGAAGACAUUGACGACCACACAAGAUGCAAUGCCUGGGUUUUGGAUGGGGAUCUGUACCACAAGGGUCUGCAGAAGUUUGCCGUGUCUCAGGACAACCUUGCCGACUCUAUGAUCGUGCUGGUGGUGGACAUGUCCCGUCCCUGGCUGGCCGUGGACUCCUUGCAGAAGUGGGCGAGUGUGAUCCGUGAGCACAUAGACAAACUCAGGAUUGUUCCGGAAACACGGAGGGAGAUGGAGCAGACGUUAAUCCGGCAUUUCCAGGAGUACACAGAGCCAGGUCCCGCUGGUACGGCCUCCCCCCACAGGAGAGCGCCCCCCUCCAGUGAAACGGACGAUGAUGGUGUCGUACUCCCCCUGGGGGACAACACACUCACACACAACCUGGGUGUCCCCAUGAUGGUCGUAUGUACCAAGUGUGAUGCCAUCAGUACUUUGGAGAAGGAGCACGACUACAGGGACGAGCAUUUUGACUUCAUCCAGUCACACAUACGCCACUUCUGCCUACAGUAUGGAGCUGCACUUUUGUACACUUCAGUGAAAGAGGAUAAAAACUUAGAUUUGUUAUAUAAAUACAUUAUCCACAGACUAUAUGGAUUUCUUUUUGACGUCCCUGCGCAGGUAGUGGAGAAAGACUCUGUAUUUAUCCCCUCCGGGUGGGACAAUGAAAAGAAGAUUGCCAUACUUUAUGAAAACUUCCAGACUCUGAAAAUAAACGACAACUUUGAGGACAUUAUCGUCAAGCCACCACUGAGGAAGUUAGUACAAGAAAAGGACCUUGGAGCAGAGGAGGACCAGGUGUUCCUUGCCAAACUACAGACUCUUCUGACCAAAAAUCCCCCUGCAGCUGCAGGACGACCUACAGACCCCUCCAAUAGGGGUGCAAGUGGGUCUCCGAGGGCUUCCAAUCGCUCGGCCACAGCCAACGUCAACAGCGUCAUGCCCAUGCACUCAGGAGGCCAGACCAGCGAGGGCGUACUGGCCAACUUUUUCAACAGCCUGUUGAGUAAGAAGCAGGGAGCAGGGGCCAACGAGAACGGGAACAACUCCGCAGGCACGACACUUAAGAAAUCAGGUUCCAAGUCGGGCUUGUCAGAUCAACAGGCGGAACUGGAUGGUAUGGGUAACCAAUCAGAUCAGGACCCCUCCUCGCCCACCUCCACCAACAUGACCCACAUGGAGGCAGAAGACUCAUAAAGGCUUUCCGUCAACAUAAUCAACUGACGUAAAGAAGAAAACAAUCUUCCUUCCACAUUUGCCUUUGUUUUUAUUUCCUUUGAAGAGGGAGAAGUCAAGUGGCCUCUGUUGCAGCACAAAAAGGGGGAUCCAACCAACAGAAUGAAAUCAUAAUCCAGGGCCUCUUGCAUGUUUGCCUGUUUAUACCGUAAAUAUACGCUCAUUUGUUAUUGCAACAUGGCUGGGAACCAUACAGGAAUUAGAAGGUUCACAUGAGUCAGGACUUCGGAAAUUCAUUGGAUGGCUUUUGUAUGUGUUAAAAGCUCCACAUAUCGGCAGGCCUACCUACAUUACAAUAACAUAGUUCUUUCUAAUGUACAGUAUUUGAAUAGACCAUGAUGAAAUGCAAAAUGUGUUAUAUUCCUCCUGGAGUUCUAAGGUAUAUGCUAUAUGUACAGCCUUCCUGUGUACAGCCCAGUUGUGAAGUACAUAUUGUAAAUGAAGGACCUGUCUUGUCAUUAAAUCCAAAUAAUUGCUAUAAAAAGGAAAGGAAGGGAAUGUAUUACUGGAAAAUAUCAAAGGAUCCCCCACGACCAUGUUGGAGUCUAAUAUGAUUUUGCAUAUGUUAUGUGGAGUACCUCCAUUUGAAGGAGAGGAUUGUGCACAUCCCAGGAAAAGGUGCAGGACAAAGGCUGACUGUAGUUUUCGAAGUGAGAAGUCCGCACACUUUAAAUCCUUU